AUGGAGGGGGAAAUGCAACCUGCCGACGAGGGUCUCUGCGCCCCAAAGAUGUGCAGUCAGCAGCGGGGUCCAUACAGCAGCCUCAAGACCUUCCCAAACAAGCGGUUGGUGGGGAAGGCGCGGUUCGACAGACCCACAAUGGUCGAUAUCCCGCUGCUGGGAGACGGAGGCGGUCAUCACUACAAUCAUAAUCUCAAUCACCACCAUCCGUAUCAACAACAGUAUCAGCAACAGCGGCAGCAGCUCCACCAAACCUCCCUCACCAUCAGCAGCAGCAGCCAGUAUCUCGCGACACCGCAGCUGCAGCAGCAACAUCGUUUUCCAUGCGAUAACAGGCCCAGCAGUAGAGCCGCGACAUCUACCUCAGCAACAGUGGGGAGUGUGGCGGCAGCAUCACUUGGCUUCCAGGGGAGGGUCGGCAGCGGCACCGCGGUGCGCCAGGACCCCACGUAUUCGCCUGGAAAAGCCGCGCUCAACCACGAAUCUCCCGACUGCACUUACGGGAUAAGCUCAGAAAACCGUCUCAUCUUGGAUGCCUUCGCACAGCAGUGUAGCCGGGUCCUCACUCUUCUCAACAACAACGGCCGGUUUGUGGAGCCUCAAGCUCCUCUGCCCUCCUCCCACAUCAAGCAGGAGGACAGCUGCCUCUCUGGACCUGGGGGGGAGUCAAGGCCAGUCGCGGGUCAGGGGGGUCAUUACCCCACCCUGGGCACGCCACGUCUUGACGAGAGCGCCACCGUCGACCCUGAUGACGAAGCCCAGCACAGCCACUGGAACCAACAACAAACAUCCGCCUUCCUGCGCAUCUUCACUGAGUCCCUCCAGAGCUAUCUGCUCACCGGGAACCAGCAGCCGGGCCCGGGCCUCGAGGGAGAGCGAUGCCCACCAGCUGAGCCCGAGUCUGGGGAGUCGCCGGGCCACAACCUGGGGGGCUGGAACUCCCCGGCCCCCUCGGAUUCGUAUGGCCACCCCUCGUCCACCCUGCCGGAGGAGGAAGAGGAGGAGAGCUGCUGCCCUCGCUGUGUGGAGCUGGAGCAGGAGGUGCUGUGUCUGCAGCAGGAGAACGAAGAGCUGCGCAACAAGAUGGACAACAUACCAGCUCCCUGCCAGAAUGUGCUGGACUUCUUCAAGACUGUUCUCCAGCACCAUGACCAGUUUAUACAGCCCAUGGCAGAGGAACAACUAACAGAGGGCAGUAAACAGCUCCUGGGGAACUACCCCCUCUUCAUCACCAACAAGCAGUGGGACGAGGCAGUCAACUCGUCCAAGAAAGAUGGCCGGCGGCUGCUGCGCUACCUGAUCCGCUUCGUCUUCACUACGGACGAGCUCAAGUACUCGUGCGGCCUGGGCAAGAGGAAACGCUCAGUUCACUCAGGAGAGCCUGGGCCGGAGAGACGGCCCCUCAACCCCGUCAAAGUCACCUGCCUCAGAGAGUUUAUCCGAAUGCACUGUGCCUCUAACCCUGACUGGUGGAUGCCUUCUGAGGAGCAGAUCAACAAGGUGUUCAGCGACGCGGUGGGCCAUGCGCGCCAGGGUCGGGCCGUGGGCACCUUCCUGGGCAGCAGUGGCAGUAGCACUAGCAGUCUUUACAUGGAGGCUUACGACGGGCCCCUGUCACAGGAUGAAGUGUACCUGAAGGGCUCACACAAUGGCCUGGGGGAUUGA